ACAGCGUGUAACUGUGGCACCUGUUUCUCCUUCAGGUGCAGAGAUGGACCUCGUUCUCAGUGCUGCCGAUCGUUAUGUUUUCACACCAUACGUAUACCCAGCCACGUGGCCAGAGGACAACUUCUUCCGACAGACUCUCAGCCUCCUGAUUGUGACAAACCUUGGGGCUUAUAUCCUUUAUUUUGUCUUUGCAACACUCAGCUAUUAUUUUAUCUUUGAUCAUUCUUUAAUGAAACAUCCACAAUUUCUAAAGAACCAAGUCUAUCGAGAGAUCAUGUUCACUGUCCAGGCACUGCCGUGGAUAAGCAUUCCUACUGUCGCGCUGUUCCUGCUGGAGCUCAGGGGUUACAGCAAGUUGUAUGAUGACGUAGGAGGCUUUCCAAGUGGCUGGUUUCACCUCAUCGUUAGUGUACUGUCCUUCCUCUUCUUCACUGACAUGCUGAUCUACUGGAUCCACAGAGGCCUUCAUCAUAGACUUGUGUAUAAGCACAUCCAUAAGCCUCAUCACAUCUGGAAGAUUCCUACUCCGUUUGCAAGUCAUGCUUUUCACCCUGUGGAUGGCUUCCUUCAGAGUCUGCCUUACCACAUAUAUCCUUUCAUCUUUCCACUGCACAAGGUGGUUUAUUUGGGUUUGUACAUCUUGGUCAACAUCUGGACAAUUUCCAUUCAUGAUGGUGAUUUUCGUGUCCCCCAAAUCUUAAGGCCAUUUAUUAAUGGCUCAGCUCAUCAUACAGAUCACCACAUGUUCUUCGACUAUAACUAUGGACAGUACUUCACAUUAUGGGAUAGAAUUGGAGGCUCCUUCAAAAACCCUUCCUCCUUCGAAGGGAAGGGACCACUCAGUUACGUGAAGAAGAUGAUGGAAGAAAAGUGCAGCAGCCACGCAGGGAGUGCUUGCCAAGAUGGAAAGUCACUCCUUGGAGAGUUUACAAAGACUGAGUAGAUUAUUAAGUAUUUUUAAUAAGAAAAAUACUCUAUAUCCAGCCAAGAGACUAGCAGGUAAACAGUAUCAUUUGAAAUCAGCAUAUGGUGCUGCUGAGGAAUGACCCCUGUGGUGAAUCAAGGCAAGACGCUGUGAGCAUCGUGAACUUAGCCUCAUGCCGGAACUCCAGAUGGGGGUCCCAGGGACAGCGUGUGUCUUCCUAGGCAGCAGAGCUAUCAUCUGUAUCGUCUCAAUAACCGUUUUUAAAAGAGAUAUAAUGCCUUAAUCUAUCAUAAUCAUUCAGAAAAAUCCGUUGUGCUUAAAAUACCAAGGCAGCACCAUGACAACGAAAUACUAAUAUAGAGAUGGUUCCUUGUUUCAGGAAUGGUUAUCUCUGGUUUCGGUAUGAUUUGCUCAAACAUCAGUGUGGAAAGAUAUCCUGAUACCGCAUAUCAGCAGCUUUGUAAAUGGCCUAUGAAAGCAGUGUAACUAGGUUACCACUUCUUACACAUAGGAAGCUUAUUCUCUAGGAACAUUGUUAAAUAAUACGUUUUACUGAUGAAUAAAUAAAUUUGAAUUUAAAAAAAAUAAUUGAUCCUAUCAUGGUUUAAUCCAGAUCAGAGAUUAUUUAAGAUUUUGAUGGGUUUUAUUCAAAACUAUUUAAUAGUUUAAAAAUAUGUGAACCUGAAUAUGCAGUAUUUCCCCCUUAUUCAUGGGGAUACAUUCCAAGACCCCCCGUGGGUGUGUAAAACUGUAGAUACUUCCAAACCACAUAUAUGUAUAUAUGCUAUAUUUUUUCUAUACAUACAUAGCUGUGAUGAAGUUUAAUUUAUAAAUUAGGCACAGGUUAACAACAAUAGCCAAUAAACUAUGGUAAUUAGAAAGGAAAUUAGAUGCCCAAAUAAUACAUUUGACACUACUGAUUUUUAAAUUAAGUUGAUGCACUUUUUUGUUGUUCAGUGUAUUCUGAAGAAAAUGAAAUGUAAAGUAUCCCUUUUAUGAAAAUAUUACCAUGGAGGCUAUUCAACAUUUAAAGAUAAUAACCAUUAGUAAUAAAAUACGAAGUUUUUCAUGUGAUUUACAGGAAAGUAACAAGAUCUUCAGCCAGAAUUUUCUAAUUUCUAACAGCCCAGAAGCUAUGUCAGAAAUCACAAAGACAAAAUUGGUUCUGUUUUGAAAUAUGAAUGGCAUUGGUUAUGCUGUGUUAAUUUUGCAAAAUCAAGUCUCUGGCGGAACUGGCAUUCCUUUUGGCUGGAUGCACUGCACUUUUGACGUUUCACUGUCACAAAUCUAUAAUUUUCUAUAAUCAUUGCCAAAUAUGUAGGCCUAACACUGAAGGUUAGUUUUGAAAUAUUCUCCCCUCACUUUUUCCCACUUCCUCUGCAAAAGAUUUAACUAAUAUUUUCAUAAAUGUUGUUUAUUGUAACAAAUAUAUUGGAGAAACAUGGUUUGCAAAGACAUUCUUUUAAAAUCUAUUUAAAAUCAAUAAAAGAUGAUUAUGACUAUUAAACUGUAUCACAAAUAUUGUAACAGCACAGAGUACUCUUUGUACACUUUGAUAUUAAUUUGAAACCACAGAAAUGAUGUGGAUUGUCAGAACUGUUUUAGAGUGUCCUCAAAUGCUCAUUGUCAAGGGGAGAAGAAGAGAACCUAAUUCUCUUUAUGUUUCACGUUUGUAUUAGAUUUGAGGAGGUAAGCACUCUAUUUUAUGAGACUUGUCAUAACACUAAAUACUUGGGAUCCAAAUGAAUUGUUUUUCCUCUUUGAAUCAGUGUGACAAUGUUUAGAUUAAAUACACCAGUGUACUACUCAAUUUUCACUGGUAAAUGUA